CGGCUCCAUCGGAGGGUGGGGGGUGACGGCUCUCGAUCCGGCCGAGCUGGAUUUCCCCAGCAGCGCCACCGGCCUCCGCGGCGGCUCCUGGGUCGUCUCCGGUUGUUCCGUCCUCCGCGACGGGCCGCUCCUUACGGGAAGAUUUUGGGCCGGAUUUAGACGCUUUAGGGGAAGGGGAUCGCGUCGGGGGGUCCAGGCGACCCCCGGAGGGGAGUUACGGCUUUGGUGUGAACGGUCGCGACUGGGGGGUGGCGGCGGGCCGGGCUCCCCCCCCGCGUUUGGGCCGUGGUGGAUCUCUAUGGGAAAUGUACCCAGGUCACCGUCGUCCCCCCCGAGGUGGCUGGACCCCCCCCGGCCCCCCCCUUACCGCCGCGCUGCCCCCCGCCCCGGCCCCGCCCCGGGCCCAGCCCCGCCCCGACAAGUUCCCCGACAGCCUCGACCCCCCUGAGGGCGGCGCGGCGUGGGCGGGGCCGGGGGCUCCGCUGUCCAAUGAGGCGCUGCUGUUCCACGAGAAGUGCGGGGCCCUCAUCAAGCUCAGCAACGGGCACAAGACGGCCGAGCGCCGGCGGCCCCUCGACGAGUUCAACAACGGCGUCGUGCUCACCAACCGGCCCCUCCGCGACGGGGAGAUGUUCGAGAUCCGCAUCGACAAACUGGUGGACAAAUGGUCGGGCUCCAUCGAGAUCGGGGUGACGGCGCAUAACCCCAACAGCCUCGAGUACCCCGCCACCAUGACCAACCUCCGCUCCGGCACCAUCAUGAUGAGCGGCUGCGGGAUCCUCACCAACGGGAAGGGGACGCGGCGCGAGUACUGCGAGUUCAGCCUCGACGAGCUGCAGGAGGGGGACCACAUCGGGCUGACGAGGAAGGCCAACAACGCCCUCCACUUCUACAUCAACGGCAUCGACCAAGGGGUGGCGACGACGCUGACGCCGUUGGUGGUCUACGGCGUGGUGGACCUCUACGGGAUGGCCGUGAAGGUGACCAUCGUCCACAACCACAACCACAGCGACCGCCUGCGGCGCAACAACGCCAUCCUGCGGGCGCUGUCCCCCGAGGGGGGCCGGCGACCCCCCGCCGCCCCUCAGCCCCCCGCCGGGCCCCCCGCCGGCCCCCCGCCCGCCCCCCGCCUCCUCUUCCACCCCAACUGCGGGCAGAAGGCGGCCGUCGUCAACGAGGGACGCACGGCUCUGCGGCCCCACGCGACGGACGACUUCAACCACGGGGUGGUGCUGAGCGCCCGGGCGCUGCGGGACAACGAGCUCUUCCAGGUGCGCAUCGACAAGAUGGUGGACAAGUGGGCGGGGUCCAUCGAGAUCGGGGUGACCACCCACAACCCCGCCUACCUCCAGCUGCCCUCCACCAUGACCAACCUGCGCUCAGGCACGUGGAUGAUGACGGGGAACGGGGUGAUGCACAACGGCACCACCGUCCUCGACGAGUACGGCCACAACCUCGACCGCCUCAAGGCGGGGGACACGGUGGGGGUGGUGCGCAGGGACGACGGGACCCUCCACUUCUUCGUCAACGGGGCGGCGCAGGGCCCCGCCGCCUGGAACGUGCCCCCCAACGUCUACGCCGUGGUGGACCUCUACGGGCAGGCCGCCCAGGCCACCAUCGUGGAGGAGGGCGAUUCGGCGUCGUCGGGGGGGGACGGCUCCGAGGGGGCCACGCCGGGGUCCCCCGAAAGCCCCUCGCCGGGGGGCUCCGCCAGCGACCUGCGCUUCCACCGCCUGCACGGCAGCAACGCCGUCAUCACCAACGGCGGCCGCACGGCCCUGCGCCAGAACUGCCGCUCCGAGUUCAACGACGCCAUCGUCAUCUCCAACCGGGCGCUGCGGGACGGGGAGCUCUUUGAGAUCGUCAUCCAGAAGAUGGUGGAUCGUUGGUCGGGCUCCAUCGAGGCGGGCGUCACCGCCAUCCGCCCCGAGGAGCUGGAGUUCCCCAACACCAUGACCGACAUCGACUACGACACCUGGAUGCUGAGCGGGACGGCCAUCAUGCAGGACGGCAACACGAUGCGCAACAACUACGGCUGCGACCUGGACGCGCUGGGGACGGGCUCCCGCAUCGGGAUGAUGCGCUCGGCCCGCGGCGACCUGCGCUACUUCAUCGACGGCGCCGACCAGGGCGUCGCCUGCUCGGGGCUGCCCGCGG